UUGAUUUACCUGACAACGUCAUGUGGGUGAAAAUGCACUAUUUUGUACCUAUUGGUUAUGUUUUUUGUAUUGCAUAUUUUACUGCUUAUCAUUUAUGUUUCCGAGGCAAAUAAUUUCGACAGAAAAGAGGACAGUGGAGACGUUAUUUCGGACGUAAAACAAAAUGACAGUCGUGUAAUCUUUCAAGAUUUUGGUAAAGAGCUACUAAAAAGUUCACAUAAACCAUCAUUGAAUAGGCUAAAUCAAAGCGUAACGACAAGCUUGGACACAUUAGACAAGAAAGCUGAAGAAAUCGUACCAAAAAAACGUCACAUACAUGACAAAGACUUUGACUACGAUCAAAUAUCACUAUUUAAAUCUCCAAAACUAAAGAAUAUUAAAGAUGGCAUGUCGUCUCCUUCACUGAACUUCGAUCCCAAAUGGCCAAUCGUAAAACUUUUGUCGGAAACGGAUAACAUCGAAGAAAAUCCAAGUUACAUAGAAGAUUUUGACAGCAUCCAUCAGCCAUUUUACCAUACCGAAAAUCGGUCUAGCACCAUAGAAAUAACUAAAUCUGCACCAAAGGAUGAUUUCAAUGAUGUUGAAAAUAAAUCUAAUUUGUCACCAGGUUUGAAAAACUUAUCUGCUCGUGCUUUACCAUCGGAUGCACGUAGACAAUGUGGUUGUAUGGGCAAAGAAACCGCUCCACAUAUAUGUACACCUCCACCUACCAUGUUUACGGAGUGUACGAGAAAUGCAGUGUCGCUUACAAUGAUGCCAUUUUAUAUGCCGUACCAGUCUUUUUUAUUUACUUUUCAACCGAUGCCUUCAGUUAUAAUAACAACAUCAACAACAGCAACUACCACAAGACCCUGUGCAACUGUCCCGAGAACAAUCAGUUUCCCACAAAAUAUUCCAUGUGGUUUUCCGAUGGGUAUUCCAAUGGGCAUUCCAGCUCCUCCACCAAUUGCCAUUCCAGCAGUGCCUCCGAUGGCGUUACCAGCAGCUCCUCCAAUGGGCUAUCCUAUAGGAUUUCCUCCACCUCCUCCUAUGGGAAAUCAGCCAUCUAUGGGGGUUCUGCCACCUAUGGGGAUUCAGCCACCAAUGGGAUAUCAAAUGGGUGUACCACCAGGAUCCCCGAAUUUUCAAUAUACUCCAAACAGUUUCGAAAAGCCGAAAAAACCCAAACGGCCACAACAUAAGGAAGAAUAUGACUAUGAUGAGGAAGGAAAAUUGUUGUACAUUUACAACGACAAUCGUGACACAGAUGAAAAAGAAAGAAAAUUGAAAGACGAAAAGCGUAAAGACGAUAUCGUAAUUAAUAUUGAUUAUGAAGAUAAACUCAAUGAUAAAAUCAAAUGGAACUCACUAUUUUUCAACAAGAAACCAGAUAAAUUCGUUAAAGAAGUUAUUGAUGAUUUGGACGCACAAGGAGAUACGCUCGGUAAAAAGUGUUUUUGUUUAUCAUUUGCACCUAAGACUGGUCUCUUUGUUAGUGUUUUUUAUUUACUGUGCUGUUGUUUAUUUAUUUUAAUAAAUCAAAUAUGAAUUAUAUCCUUAAAGUAAGUGUGAA